CAACCCACAGGAGGAGAGAGAGAGAGAGAGAGGGAGGAGAAGAGAGGAGAGGAGAGAGGAGGAGGCAGGCUGUUCUCGUUUCCUACUAGAUGUGGAUUAUACGUUGUUUUCACCAUGGCACCAUCACGGCACCGGUAGCAGGGGCUGCUGGGAGAUCAGAUGCACGGCUUCGAGCAUCAUCUCUCUGAGAUGGCCGUGUACGCGUGCGGCUCGAGGCAGCAAUGCAUCGGACUCUCUCAGGCGAACGGCAGCCUGCAGUGGGAGGCUGAUUGAGCUGCGCGUGUGCGUGCGUGUUCAUACAGCACCACAAAGCCUCUUCCCAGCUCCCAAAUUCCUCAUCACGCAACGGCAAGUUCUCUGCUGUAGUAUCUGACAAUGUUUCGCAAAAAGAAGAAGAAGAGGCCGGAGAUUUCAGCACCGAAGAACUUCGAGCAUCGUGUUCAUACGUCGUUCGAUGCAAAGCGAGGCGUCUUUGUCGGCCUUCCCACACAAUGGCAGAGUUUAAUAGAAAACCUCCGGAGACCCAAACCCAUGGUAGACCCGUCCAGGAUCACGCCGGUGGAGCUCAAACCAAAGAAGACCAUCGUGCGUGGCAGUAUGAUCGGCCACGGAGACUAUAUCUCAGCCAUGCUGUCAGACAUGAGCCGUCUGUCCGUCACCAGCUCCAACUCCCUGCGCAAGAGCAGCCCGUCGGCCCGCAAGAGAGCGCAGUCGCUCGGCCGCCUGGGGGAGGUCAACGAGGGCGACGCGUAUCAGUACGAAGCCCUGGACGAGCCCGAACCUCACUGGGCCGAUAAAUCACGCAACAUCCACAGCGAGAGCGGCACGCCGUACAUGGGCUUAAAGAAGAGCGUGACGCUGCAGCCCAACGGCGUCCUGCCCCGCGCCAAAUCCACCUAUGAGGUGAGCAUGAGCUCUCUGGACGGGCCGCCCCCGCCUCCUCCUCCGGCCCUCCCGGCCCCUCCGCCGCCCCCCAUCCCCGUCCCGGAGCCGCCCAGGCCUAUGUAUCUGGGUGGGGACGUGGGGAGCCCGACGGAGAGGCUCAUGAUAAGGCGAGAGUUUCCCAUCGUGUUCUCGCACAACCAGAGACCCAUCACCUGCUUCUACAGCCCCACGAUGCCCAUGCAGCAGCCGCACGGAGACAUUCUCACGCAGGACAUGAGGACCACCAACAGACUGCUGGUGCACCCGCAAAACAGCCCGGGGAGACCGUACUCCUCAUACGACCUCAAGGCCGACGCAGCCAUGAGACACCAGCCGGGAUAUUUGCACAGCGGCACCAGCAGUCCCCUCGUGAGUGGCACCAGGCCGCACAAAACGGUGCGUUCCUCCUCUAGCUACACCAUCGGACUCUCACCCAACAUCAGUUACCGCCCCACCGGUCCAGACCCCUUCAUGAGACACUCGGGCUGCCCGAACCCAGGUCUCUACCCCAGACAGGACAGUCCGUCUCAGCCCCGGCCGUCACCCACCGGCUCUCUGGCCAACAGCCCUCCAGGAACCUGUUCGCCCGCGUUCAGACCCCCGCAACACCCCUCGCCCCGACCCCCGCCCGACCCGCCGAAAGUCACCCACGAGCAGUUCAAGGCUGCGCUGCAGAUGGUGGUGGAUAAAGGAGAUCCGCGCUCGUAUUUGGAGAACUUUGUAAAGAUCGGCGAGGGUUCGACGGGUGUGGUGUGCAUCGCCCGCGAGAAACACAGCGGACGGGUGGUGGCCGUCAAGAUGAUGGACCUCAGGAGACAACAGCGCAGAGAACUGCUCUUCAAUGAGGUGGUGAUCAUGAGAGAUUACCAGCACAGGAACGUGGUGGAGAUGUUCAAGAGCGCUCUGGUGGAGGAGGAGCUGUGGGUCAUCAUGGAGUAUCUGCAGGGAGGAGCUUUAACAAACAUCGUGUCUGAAACCAGGCUGAGCGAGGAGCAGAUCGCCACCGUGUGUGAGGCCGUGCUGCAGGCGCUGGCGUAUCUCCACUCACAGGGCGUCAUACACAGAGACAUCAAGAGCGACUCCAUCCUGCUCUCGCUCGACGGACGCAUCAAGCUGUCAGACUUUGGCUUCUGCGCUCAGAUCAGUAAAGAUAUUCCUAAGCGUAAGUCUCUGGUGGGAACGCCGUACUGGAUGGCUCCUGAGGUCAUCUCUAAAUCACCGUAUGGAACGGAGGUGGACGUUUGGUCUCUGGGCAUCAUGGUGGUGGAGAUGGUGGACGGAGAGCCUCCGUAUUUCAGUGAAACGCCUGUGGCUGCCAUGAAGCGGCUGAGAGACGAGCCGGCGCCCACCGUACGCAACGUUCAUCAGGUGUCCCCGGUGCUGAAAGACUUCCUGGACCGCAUGCUGACGCGGGAUCCGCUGGAGCGGGCCAGUGCCACCGACCUCCUGGAGCAUCCCUUCCUCCUGCAGGCCAGCUCUCCGCAGUGCCUGGUGCCCCUGGUGGAGCAGUACCGCAAGCGCAUGUCCCGCUGCUGAAGCCCUGCAUCUGCUGCUCACGACUGCACCGGAGCCUCGGCGGGGGAAUAGAAACCAACCGGGAGCGGCGAAGCGGCGGCUUUUCUGGGCUGUCGGAGUGAGAAGCACCUCGUGUUCCCUGGAGCAAUCAGGACUGAGAUGGCUGUUUUAUGAGAGAUGAACUCUAUAAAGCCAUUUUCUUCUACCUGAGGACGUCUUAUUGGUGCUUAAAAGUCGGUGAAUUAGAGCAGAAGUGCGUCUGACUGAAAUGCCGCUGGGUUUUAUGUUCAGUUGGAAGCGUGUUAUCGUGACUCACAUCGAAUCUGCGGCCGCAGAGACCUGGAACAAGCCUCAUUCGUCAAUUUCAUGAAUGCUUGUGUUCGUUUAUCAAAUAUUUUGGCAAAUUUUAUAAUGCUUUCAUACAAUGAACUCACGUUUUCUUUUUACAGCUGUUCUACAACAAUUAUUGUCAACUAUUUACAAUACGGUUCCAUUAGUUAACUAAAUACUAAAGCAUUUACUAAUACAUAAAUUAUAACAAAUUAAAAUUAUUACAGUUGAAUUGUAAUUGUUGAGCUAAUAUGAACUAACAAUGAACAGUUUUAACUGUUAACAAAGUAUACUGAAUACAAAUACAAAUGUUAAUUAAUGCAUUAUGCAUUGUUAAGCAUCAUCUUAAUAUUUAUUAUCUACAACCUGGAAUUAUAUAUUUCAGUUGGUUAUCUUCAUUUAAUUUAUGUGCAUCACAAGUUGUAUGUGUAUUGGCUAAAUUUCAACAGCUUUAAAUGUGGCUCACCAGUCAGAUUUUAAUGUACUGAAUUAAAUUAAAAUAAAAUUAAAUAAUAAAAAAUUUCAACAGGUUCAAAUGUGGCUCAUCCAAUCAGAUUUAAUUUAAUUUAAUUUAAUUUAAUUUAAUUUAAUUUAAUUUAAUUUAAUUUAAUUUAAUUUAAUUUAAUUUAAUUUAAUUUAAUUUAAUUUCAGUAGCUUCAAAUGGGGCUCACCAUAAUAUAAUAAAUUAGAUUAAAUUUAUUUAAUUAAAUGAUUAAAAAUUUCAACAGCUUCAAAUGUGGUUCACCAAUCAGAUUCAAUGUAUUGAAUUAAAUUAAAUUAAAAUUAAAUUAAAUUAAAUGAUAAAAUAAUGUAACAGGUUCAAAUGUGGCUCACCAAUCAGAUUUUAAUAUAUUGAAUUAAAUUAAAUUAAUUAAAUUAAAUGAUUACAAAUUUCAGCAGUUUCAAAUGUGGUUCACCAAUCAGAUUUUAAUGUAUUGAAUUAAAUUAAAAUUAAAUAAAAUAAAAUGAUAAAAAAACUUUCAACAGGUUCAGAUGUGGCUCAUCCAAUCAGAUUUAAUUUAAUUUAAUUUAAUUUAAUUUAAAUUAAAAUGUCAACAGCUUCAAGUGUGGCUUAUUAAAUUAAAUUAAAUUAAAUUAAAAAUUAAAUUAAAAAUUAAAUUAAAAAUUAAAUUAAAAAUUAAAUUAAAAAUUAAAUUAAAUUACAACAGCUUCAAAUGGGGCUCAUGUAAUUAGAUUUUUAUGUAUUAAAUUAUAUACAUUUAAUUAAAUUAAAUUAAAAAAGUAACAGCAUCAAAUGUGGCUCAUCCAAUUUAAUUUAAUUUAAUUUAAUUUAAUUUAAUUUAAUUUAAUUUAAUUUAAUUUAAUUUAAUUUAAUUUAAUUUCAAAUGUGGCUCAUACAAUUAGAUUUUGAUGUAUUAAAUUAUAUUAAUUUUAUUUUAGUUUAAAAUAAUGUGGCUCAUCCAACCAGACCUAAUAAUUAAAUUAAAUUAAAUUAAAUUAAGUUGGUGUCCAUAUCCGUUGAAAAACAAGGCAGUGAUAUAGUUAACCAACAUAACCAACUAAUUGAAACUUAUUGUAAAGCAUUACAUUAGUAUAUAUUUAUCUGCGAUAUUCAACUGAUGUGCAUCACAAGUUGUAUGUAUUACUGGAUAAAUUUCAACAGUUUCAAAUGUUGAAAUAAUUUGUUAUUUGAGUUGAAGUCGAAACCUUUUUUGGUUGAUUUUCCAUGAACAUGAAAUUUUGAAGUUGAAAGACCGAAGCAGUAUUUGUUUUAUUUGGAAUUUCAAAAAAUCAUUUUGCUGUUAUCAAGAUAUAAAAUUACUUGCACCAUGUAUUUGGUCAUAUUGCAGAUCUUUACUUUCAACAACCAACAGCAAUGUGGUACUUUCAGCUCUGUUGAACACAUUUACCAUUUUAAAUGCCAAUAUUUUAUCCAGAAUCAGCAGAGGAAAUGUAACCGUCCGCAGAUUCGGUCUGGGCCGGCUGAAAGAGAGAUUUAACGCCACAGGAGGCACAUAUUUCACCUGCGUUUUUACAGCUUGUGUAAGACUGGCUUGCAUGGCUAAACAGUGGCUUGAAUCUUAAUCUGAGGAACGCAAGCGUUUCUUCAGAAAAGGCGGUGAAACGAUGUCAUUUGUUGUCAGCACUGACAGGUGCGAAACGUUUUUAUGAGCCAUUGUAACCAACUGUAUAUAUUUUAAUGACCUAUUUAUUAUUUUUUUUCAAUGGGUCGACGAGCACCUGCUUUUGGAAAGGGUGCUGCGAAUGGUUUGUAAACCGUGUAAAUACUGCAUCUGAGCUCGAGCGCCGAUUCCCGGUUUCUAAAACUGCUGAUUUCGCGGUCAGCCGUCAGAAGAACAAAUAAUGUACAUAAUCAGAGUGGGAAACGACCCGUAUUUGCAUUCGUUUAAUUAUGAGAGAAGAAAGGGAAAGUCUGUUUGUUGGUGUGUGUGUGUGCGUUUACAUUUUGGAUGCAGCGUUCAUUGUGAUAUUUUCGCAUCCUACCUGUUGUACUGUGAUGUUUCCUGAAUGAUCAUACUGACCGAUUAAAAAAGAGCAGGGAGAGAUGUUGAUUUGUGUUUGGGGCCGUUCACACAGGAUGUGUUUUGUCACACUAUUUUUAUUUACAUUGCAUUAUAUGCAAAUUGAAUAUAACUUAUUUGCUAUUUUGCAGUUUUUAAAGAAUUUUUAUGCAGCUCUUUCCUAUGGAACCUUGUUUUCGCCACAGGAGUUUAUAUGUUGCAAUUCUGACUUUUUUCUCUGAAUUCUGAGUUUGGAUCUCACAAUUCUUUUUUUUUUUUUUUUUUUUUUUUUUCAAUGUAAAAUAUAAAAUAAAAAAAUUCUCAAAAUUGUGAGAAACUCAAAAUUGCAAGAUACAAACUAAAGGUAUAAAAGUUAGAAUUGUGAGAUAUAAAUUUGCAAUUGCAAGAAAAAACAAAAUUGCAAACACGUAAACUCCGAAUUCAUAGAAAAAAAACAGAAUCAAAAUUAUGAUUUCUGAUUCUGUUUACAUCUCGCAAUUCGUUUUUUCUUCUUUUUUUCUGGUCACGGAAUAAAAAUAAACAAUUCUCGAAAUUGUGAGAAAUAAACUCAAAGUUGCAAGAUAUAAACUCAAAAUUAUGAGAUAUGAACUCAGAAUUGCACAAACAAGUUAGAACUGUGAGAUAUAAACUUACAAUUGUGAGAAAAAACAGACACAUAAACUGAAUUCUGUUCAUAUCUCACAGUUCUGACUUUUUUUUUAUAAUUAUGAGAAACAAAGUCUGAAUUUUAAAACUCCUUUUUUAUUUUUUUUAUUCUGAAUUCAGAGAAAAAAGUCAGAAUUGCGACAUAUGAACUCAAAAUUCAGAUUUUUCUUCUCUGAAUUCUGCUUAUAUCUCACAAUUUUGACUUUUAUCUCAUUAUAGCGAGAAACAAAGUGCGAAUUGUAAAAUCACCUUUUUAAAUUUUUAUUCUGAAUUCAAAAUUCAGAGAAAAACAGUCAACAUAAUUCUUACUUUUUUUUCUUACUCAAAAUUCUUACUUUUGUCUCAUAAUUCUGUUUAUAUCUCACAAUUAUGAUCUUUAUCUCAUAAUUGCGAAAAACAAAGUAAUUACCUUUUUUAUUUUUUAUUCCGAAUUCGGAGAAUAAAAGUCAGAAUUGCAACACAUAAACUCAAAAUUUUGACUUUUUUCUCAUAAUUCUGUUUAAAUCUCACAAUUUUGACUUUUAUCUCAGAAUUGCGAGAUACAAAGUCCGAAUUGUGCAAUUACCUUUGUUAUUUUUUAUUCUAAAUUCAGAAUUGAGAGAAAAAAAAUUCAGAAUUUUGACUUUUUUCUCAUAAUUCUGUUUAUAUCUCACAAUUAUGACCUUUAUCUCAUAAUUGUGAGAAACAAAGUCCAAAUUGUAAAAUGACUUUUUUUUUAUUUUUAUUCAGAAUUCAGAGAAAAAAAAAGUCAGAAUUAAAAAUAUAAACUCAUAGACUUCUUUUUCUCAUAAUUCUGUUUAUAUCUCACAAUUCUGACCAAAUUGUGCAGUUCUCUUUUUAUUCUGAAUUCAGCAUUCAGAGAAAAACAGUCAGAAUUUGACAUAUAAACUAAAAAUUCUGACUUUUUCCCCCUCAUAAUUGUAAAAAACAAAAUAAUUACGUUUUUUAUUUUCCGAAUUCAGAGAAAAAAAAAGUUAGAAUUGCAACACAUAAACUCAAAAUUUUGACUUUUUUUCUCAUAAUUCUUUUUAAAUCUCACAAUUCUGACUUUUUAUCUCAUAACUGCGAGAUACAAAGUCCGAAUUGUCCAAUUCCCUUUGUUAUUUUUUAUUCUGAAUUCAGAAUUGAGAGAAACAAAACUAUCAGAAUUGCGAAAUAUGAACUCAAAAUGUUGACUUUUUUUCCUUUGACGUGAUAUCUCACAAUUCUGAUAUUUAUCUCAUAAUUGCGAAAAACAAAUUCUGAAUUGUGCAAUUACCUUUUUUAUUUUUUAUUCCGAAUUCCGAAUUUAGAACAAAAAAGUGUCAGAAUUGCGACAUAUAAACUUGAAAUUCUGAUUUUUUCUCAUAAUUCUGUUUAUAUCUCACAAUUCUGUUUUAUCUCAUAAUUGCGAGAAACAAAGUCCGAAUUGUGCAGUUCCCUUUUUUAUUUUUUUAUUCCGAAUUCUGAAUUCAGAGAAAAAGUCAGAAUUAAGACAUAUAAAUUGAAUAUAUUCAGACUUUUUCCCCCCUCAUAAUUCUGUUUAUAUCUCACAGUUGUGACUUUUAUCUUAUAAUUGUGAGAAACAAAGUCUGAAUUGCAAAAUUACCUUUUUAUUCUAAUUUCAGAAUUCAGUAAAAAAACCAGUCAGAAUUGCAACAUAUAAACUCUAAAUUCUGACUUUUUUCUCAUAAUUCUGUUUAUAUCUCACAAUUCUGACUUUUAUAAUUGAGAAAAAAAGUCUGAAUUGUAAAAUUACCUUGUUUUUUAUUCUGAAUUCAGAAUUAAGUGAAAAGAGUCAGAAUUGCAACAUAUAAACUUUAUUCCCAUAAUUCUGUUAAUAUCUCACAAAGUCCAAAUUGUGCAAUUACCUUUUUUAUUUUUAUUCUGACUUCAGAAUUCAGAACAAAAGAAAGAAUUGUAACAUAAACUCAGAAUUCUGACUUUUUUCUUCAUAAUUCUGUUUAUAUUUCACAGUUCUGACUUUUUUUUCUCGUAAUUGCGAGAAACAAAGUCUGAAUUAUGAGAUAAAAAGCCACAAUUACCUUUUUUAUUUUCAUACUUGUAUAAUUUCCUUUACAAAAAAAAAUUGGUGUAGAAACUAUUUUAACUUAGACAAUUAAUGUAAAUUUCACAGAAAUUUACAAAGAGAAGGCAAGUAUUACACAGACUUAAAUAUGUCAUUUUUAAGUAUAAAAACUGAAAUAGUAUGAUGCUUUUUGUGAGGAACAAGUUUGAAUACAGAACUAAGACUUGAAAUCUGCAGUGGAAGGGAAUUGAAUAACGACAGCCUGUUCCUCUCAAAUCCGUCAUAUCAAGUUAAAAGUAUUUCCGAACUCCUGCAUUUGUUUCUAUAAGUCACACUCCAUCUGUGUUUGAACGCAGGCGCGCAUCUGGUGUGAACGGCCCCUCGUUAGUUUGCACAGCUCUUGUGUUUGUGUAUAUGACGCAGCCGAGGACACAUGACUCAUAAUCAACCUUCUUUCCACAACAUGUGUCGUGUGCUUGUUUGUAUGUCAGUUGUUGAUGAAGAGAACUAUACGUUUAAAUUUUUUAAAGAAUAAACCAUG